AGGAUGUGGCGGAUUGGCUAGAUUCCGGCUGCCGGAAUGGUGGGUAGCUGCUUAUUUGGAUUUAAAACCGUCAUGCAGGAGACUGACAGGCAGACGCUGACAUUGUACCUUAGUACAGUGUGCCGGAUCUUUCAAUAGGGGAAUGAAGUGCGUUGUCGUAUAAGACCACAGAAACCGGGCUUGUCUGAGGAGACUUUGUUUUUCUCCCAACUCUUUACAUACUCCCAGUUUUGACGCAUCGCUACUAGCAAUCAAUCCUAGCAAAAAUGGCUGCUCCAGAUUCCGCAUCGACGAAGGAUCUCAGUGGCAAAUGGGUCAUGAGCAAAAGCCUCUCCACCGACAUGAGCGACGUCCUCGCGCUGCAAGGCGUUGGCUGGCUCCUCCGCAAAGCCGUCAGCGUGGCGACCGUCACGCUGCACAUAAAGCAGUACCCCGACGCCCACAAGCCCGAAAUCGCCCACAUCGACCUCGAUCAGAUGGGCACGGGCGGCCUCAAAGGCUUCCCGGAGCUCCGCACGGUGGACGGCGAGUGGCGGCCGCAGUCGGACUACGUCUUCGGGGAGCAGAAGGGGCGCACGCGCUGGGCUAAAGUGGCAGAGUUGAAGAGAGAAGAUGGGCCGGAGGGGACGCAGGACGCGGAUGUGGAGUUUUUGAAGAAGGGGUGGGGGGCGGAGAUGGAGACGGCGGACGCGGUGGAUUUUGUGGUUCUCAGUGAUAAGAAGGGGUGGACUUGCUGGCAGGUCUGGGGGUUUACGGAGGUGGAGGUUGAGGGCAAGAAGGAGAGGCGGCAUGUGAGGAAUUUGGUGGCGCGGAAGGGGAAGGAUGUGAAGACUGCGACGGUUGUGUAUGACUAUGCGGGGAGCUUGUGAGGAAGGUGAAUGUCGAGGAAUGGGAUGUAUUGAGUACAUGAAUAUGUUCCGCGAGACUUCCCAUCGAGCCAACUCUUCUACACGCCUUGUCAUAGAUAUCCGCACACUCUCCUAAUGUUAUGGUAGAACCGGCGGGCAGCGAGAACACUUCCAAACUGCGUACACCUUACCGACGCUGUCUGGGGUAGCCUGGCGAGUUUACUGAAUGUCGAAAAUGCUGAGAUCCUCUCGGACGCGGAAUGCUGGAAAUACUAUAAGGCGCCUCAUGCAAUGGCAAACGAGUAUGGAUUUUCGUGACAAGGUACCUAGGUAUUGCAAUAGUGCGCGCGUUGAGCGCGCCGGCGUUUCGGGAUCGACAGGCCAGUCGACGCGUCGAUGCAGUCCCUUCGCCUUUGCAAUAUUACGAAGGAUUAGCAAUGAAGAUGGUGGAGAUGAAGACAGUGAGGGGGUGGAAAUGAAAAUGCUGAAAGGUGCAAG